UUUUUAAUGCAACCGUCGGUACAUGCUUUUUUCCUAUUUUCCUCCCUUCUUCCUGUGCUGCUGUUUCAUCAUUGAGUGUAUACUGCAUAUGCAGCUUAUAAAACGACAACCAUAAAUACACUUCUGUUACAGGUUUCGUUUUGUUAUUUCCAUACAGUCUAUUAGUAUUUCUGAUCAAAACACCUCCAUCGAGGUGACAUUGGAAAGUUACGAAGAGCAAGGAAUGUAGCAUGGCACGUAGGUUGACCAUACAGUCUAUUAGCUUGACAAUAACUUACCUGGUGGCUCCACUUAGCCAGGGAUCAUACAAAUAAUAUUGCACUGAGCAAACGUGUGCAAUUUAAACACGAUUCAACUGUGGAAUCGUGUUGAGUAUUUAAUGCCAUCAUAUUAUCACGAUUAUAGCAUGACAUUAUUUUAUUUCUUUUUUCUUAUCUUUUUUGUUGCUAAACAGUGGUAUGUGGCGCCCUCUACAGGUGAACAGGUAUAACUUAACUUUUCUUGACCCGGAAGUAAAAAUCCUCCCUCUCCGCCACACGUGUGAAAGUCCUGUAGGAUCCACCAUGGGGAAGUCCAAACAAACAGGAAACCACAAGAGUGACAAGAAAAAGAACAUUGCAAAGACAUGGAAGACAAAGCGCAGGACCAAAGACCUGGACCAGAUCCACUCAGACAUGAAGCCUGAGACUGCAUCCAAGCUGCUACAUCAGGAGGUGGACUACGAUGUGACAGGAUGUGCUCAACACUACUGCUUACACUGCGCGAGAUAUUUUGUGGAUAUGAGAUCCUUGAAAGAGCACUUCAAAACUAAAGUGCACAAAAGACGGUUGAAACAGCUCAGAGAGGAGCCCUACACCCAGGCAGAGGCAGAAAGAGCAGCAGGUAUGGGCUCUUACAUCCCUCCAAAAACAGUUGAAGUGAAGACACAGUCUGUGGAGGAGGACAUGGACUGAGAGCUGCCCUCUUCAACCCAUGGACUGAUAAACUCAGUAACAGAAGCAUUAACAAAACAGUUAUUGCUUCUAUUAUUCCUUGCUGUCACAAAUGUUGAGUGCAUUGUUAAAUGCUUUUUUUGUGACACACUUCAAGCCUGGCUGUUAGACUUCUGGCUAUCACCAGAAAACCUUACCUUAUACUGGGUAAUGUAAUGCAACAUAUGUAAAUAUUGAGUAUGUGAAGAACUGUGUGGAAUGCUAAUAAACUAUAAUACAAAGUG